GGUUCCAACUUCCGGAAAACAUUGGUUGGGGUUUUCCAAAACUUUUUUUGUAGGUGUUUAUCGGCCUGUUCCCGAAGUCAUGAGCGACGGGAGAUUAACAAAUGGGUCGGUAGGACACCCACCUAGACUAGGAAUGCAGGGUCACGCUCUGAGCUGGACAGAUGACCUGCCAGUGUGCUAUCUGUCUGGUGUUGGUUUCUCCACCAACCAGAUUUACAGAGAUGAUGGCCACCGACGAGAGGAACAUGAGUUUGAAGACAAGAGCUUCCAUUUUAGACCUUUUGAUGGCUGUUUUCUGUAUGGCAUGUUUGAUGGCCACAGUGGAAGCAAGGCUGCUAACUUUGCUGCUCAGCGGAUGCCAGCAGAGCUGUUGUUUGGGCAGCUUAACAACAAGACAUCUGAUGAAGCCAUCUUAGGGGUUUUGCGCCAGGCCUUCCAUGCUGUGGAGAAGGGGUAUUUUGAAACUAUUGAUGAUCUACUUGCUCAAAGAACAAACUGUAUGCUGGAAAUGCCCGAUGGCAUCACCCAGUACGAUGCCUUCACAAAGUAUCCCGACAUUGUGAACAAGCUUCAGCAGUUGGAUUUGGAAAUAGCAGGGGGGACAACUGCGUCUGUUGUGCUUAUCUACAAUGAAAAGCUGUAUGUGGCUAAUGUUGGUGACUCACGAGUUCUGCUUGUGGUGAAGGAGGACAACCGUGUCCGUGUCAAUCAACUCACGUACGACCACACCCUGAAUGAUGAAUCGGAGCAACGCCGUCUCACCAAACUUGGUCUGGAUGUGGAACGUCUGAAACAGCUCCGGAAGAUUGGGAACUCUGACAACACGCGCUGUAUUGGUGACUACCAUGUGAAGGGCGGUUACAAGGACAUCGAUAUUCUACGUAAUGCAACAAGUGAGCCUGUGAUAGCUGAGCCCCACCUGGAGGGAGGCGUGCCCCUGACUGGCAACACCAGCUUCCUCAUCAUCAUGUCUGAUGGGCUUUACCAGGCCUUGCAGGAUGCCACGGGCACAGAGAAGGUGAAUGUGGAGAUCACCUACAUGGUUCUCCAGGAGUUCGGGAACCAGUCCACACUGAACGGUGUGGCGCAGGCUGUUGUUGACAAAGUUGUCCGUAUACACCAUGACACAUACAUGACAGCACAAGGCUACAGGAAACAGCUAUGCCAAAAGAGAGAUGAUAUCACACUGUUAGUACGAAACUUUCACCAGCCUUUACGUAAUGGAGUUGAAAGUCCAACUGCAGCAACACGAUACAACCCUGUGCCUGUCUCUCUGCCCUCUUUCUUCAACUCCCCGCCCCCUGCAGCUGUCCCGAGUCUGAACAUCCCCAGCCCAAUUAGUCCCUCCAACAGCAACUACUCCCACUCCAACCUCUCCGUGGGCAGCUAUAGUGACUCCCAGCCCCUCACCCCUACCAACAACCCUGGCAGUCAGUACCUCACCACGGAGACCACCAUGGGCACGAGGACCAGCACCGGUACCAGCACAAACUCCACGCAGAGCUCCGGUGACGCUCGACCCUUCCAGCAGAGGUACCAGGCUCCAAAGCUGGAGCUUGAUGAGAAUGGCAGAGUGGAAGCUUAUGUGGAUUUCUCAGAGUUCUUCCGUGCCAUUGAGAGGCUUACAGGUGACCAGCAAGCAUCUUUUGAAGCAGACGUCAACCCCAAGUCCAGCUAUGAUCCCAUCAGCGAGGAAUCGGAGACUGCCACAGGACCAGAAGACUGAGAGGAUGUGAAUGAUGUGUGCACGAACGAGAACAAGGUGUGACUACAGAUAAUCAUUAGGAUGAGUGCUACUGAAUUAUCAGGAUUUCAGCAGUAGGUUUGCUGGACAACUACUCCGCAUAACUUCUAACACUUUAAUGGAUCAACGUUUCUUCAAUAUCGCUCUCAUUUUUCCACCAUCUAGAUCAUGCCAUUUAUCUUAUCUCCAUUCUGUUAUCAAAAGUACCCUGUACCCAUUUACCAAAUGCUGUCAAUAAGCAAAUAGAAAAAUAGUGGUUAUUUCACUUUUCAGCAUCCUUGCAGAGAAUGUCUCUCUCUCAUGGAUGUAUUUUAUAUGGACGUGGCUUAUUUCAAAUCAAAUGAAAAACAGUGGUAGCUAAUGGCUCCAGGAUAUUAUUGUUUACAGAAAGUUGAUAUAAUCUAGAUGAUUGAGGAUGAUUUUCUUGCUGCCAGUCACUGUAACUUGGCUCAGAAUAAUAUUUAUUGGCAUUUGUUCGAUGGACCAGUGCAUAAUGGAACAGUUCAUUGUGUAGUGGACCAGUGGUAUAAUGCAUGUGCCUGUAUGACGAGUGCAACCCUGUCAAGACCUGGAGACUGGAUCCUGCUGGACCAGUGCAACCCUGUCAAAACCUGGAGACUGGAUCCAGCUGGACCAGUGCAACCCUGUCAAGACCUGGAGACUGGAUCCAGCUGGACCAGUGCAACCCUGUCAAGACCUGGAGACUGGAUCCAGCUGGACCAGUGCAACCCUGUCAAGACCUGGAGACUGGAUCCUGCUGGACCAGUGCAACCCUGUCAAGACCUGGAGACUGGAUCCAGCUGGACCAGUGCAACCCUGUCAAAACCUGGAGACUGGAUCCUGCUGGACCAGUGCAACCCUGUCAAGACCUGGAGACUGGAUCCAGCUGGACCCGGGCAACCCUGUCAAGACCUGGAGACUGGAUCCAGCUAGCAGGUCGUUCAGCCUGGUUGUCUCAUGUCAGGAAGGUAUCAAUCAGGGAUAUGCUGUUGUCAGUACUAAGAUGUUUUGGCAGUAAAACAGUAAAUAAUAUAAUGGUGUGCACAAUAAUGACAUGUAAGGUGGGUUACGAUGCUUUACCUCAGUACUAGAGUAGAACCACCAGCAUAAUGAGUAUAAGGUUUUGGCAGCAUCCUGCUACAUGUUCCAGACUGAAGCAUUCAUUGUUAAGGAUCCAUUGUGGAGUGUCCACUGUAGAGAGUCAGUUGUGGAGCUUCCAUUGUGGGGUAUCCUAUAGAGUGUCCAGAUCACAUGCACUGCUGUAAGGCAGAUAAUCAGCAUGAUGUAUGUUGUGGAGAGUCCAUUGUGGAGCAUCCAUUGUGGAGAGUCCAUUGUGGAGCAUCCAUUGUGGAGCAUCCAUUGUGGAGAGUCCAUUGUGGAGCAUCCAUUGUGGAGCAUCCAUUCAAGUGGAGAGUCCAUUGUGGAGAGUCCAUUGUGGAGAGUCCAUUGUGGAGAGUCCAUUGUAGAGCAUCUAUUGUGGAGCAUCCAUUGUGGAGUAUCCAUUGUGGAGAGUCCAUUGUGGGUGGAGUCCAUUGUGGAGCAUCCAUUGUGGAGAGUCGAUUGUGGAACAUCCAUUGUGGAGAGUCCACUGUAGAGCAUCCAUUGUGGAGAGUCCAUUGUGGAGCAUCCAUUGUGGAGAGUCGAUUGUGGAACAUCCAUUGUGGAGAGUCGAUUGUGGAGCAUCGAUUGUGGGGCAUCGAUUGUCCAUAUCACAUGAACUGCUGUAAGGCAGAUAAUCAGCAUGAUGUAUGUUACUGGUCAUAUACCAGAUCCAGAGUUCCUGCUGUGAGUUGAUGUGUGUGAGAUCUGCUGCUUUAGUGUGGUGCUGUAUGCGUAUCAUCAGCUUAGUAACUGCGUGUACAGUAGAUGUGUAUUGGUUUACACAUAUGCAAGUGAUGAACAAUAUAUUUUAUUAUCUAAAAACCAAUUUUAUACAUUGUCUAAAGAUAUUAACGUUCAUGUAACUGCCAGACUGACUUGAACAUAGUGCAUUUAGCAGUAUGUUUAGAUAGGUUUUGAAAAACAAAUGUCUCAUCCUGUUUUUUUACCCUGAAUAACCAGACAACCGUAAACCAUGACUUAAAAAACCAUUUGGCCUUGAAGUUAUAAUGUGCAUGUGUGGAAGUUCCACCUGACUGUAACAAUAGCUGGCUGGGGUGAAUGCCUUGUAUGUAUAGAUGUGUCAUCUGUGUCAAGAUCUCAGUAAAUCCGAUCUAUUACUCUGAUGUCACUCUGAGAUAUGAAAACCCCUCACGAAAACUGUGUCAAUUUGUGCCAAGGCUGCUGAAUUCUGGGUUUAUCAAGUUUCUGUGUCUCGUCUGCACAGACAGUCCUGAAUGUAAAGAAAAGAGCCACACCAUUAUAUUGUGGAUAUCUUAGACACUUUUGCUUCUUUCCAUAAAAACAAAUCAAAAUUAGUACCAUCAGAGCAGUGUUUGGGUUCACUGGUAAAACAUAAAUUUCUUAAUUGAGGUGGUCAUGGAAAGAAGCCAUAUCAUAUAUAAAACCCAAGAUCUAAUUGGCUAAAUAGCCAUCACAUCCUUCAUUUUGAAUCUGUUUUGAGGGCUCAUAAAAACUUCUGUGGAGGUUUCCUGAGAUCUCCACCUAGAGAGGUAUCCUAUGAGGAAAGAACAUCUAAUUAUAUUAAGAUAGACUCUCACUGCUUUGUUCAGCUCUGCUUUGUAGGGGAGUAGAACAAGUGGUUGUCUGUCAGACCAAAAACCUGGUUUGUUUCCCCAAGCGGUGACAAUAUGUGAUGCCCCUUUUGGGUGUCCCUGCUGUGAUAGUGCUAACAUCGUGUUAGAAUAUAGUGUAGAUAUGUAACUGUAAUCAACUUGUAUAUAGAUUUAAUGUGUGUUUUAUGUAUGUAAAUAGUGUAAAUCACUUGUAAAGUCUAUUUCCAGUGUCAUUUCUUUGUAAGUGCAAUUUUUAAUAGACACUGUUAAGUAUGAGGUAAAUGACAUUGUUGAGAUUCAGUUUGUUUCUUGUAAAAACUAUCACAUAUAUAAUCAAGCAUGUCAUUUAGAAUAUACACCAUUGAACUU